AUGCUGGGACACGCCAGCACCGGUCUAAGGCCCGUAGAAGCUAUACGCCCUGUCCUGAGGAGGAUCGCCGGUGCCCGGCGAGCGGUGCAUUGUAAACAAACAACCGUUAUCUUUACCUACGAGAGAUUAGCAGUUGCUGCAAUAGCAAGACUCUUUUUCACUCUUUACUAUGGUACUGAAGGAGAAAAAUUGCCUCCUAUAACAGACAAGAUCCUCACAUUGUCCGCUAUUGAGGUUGCAAGGAAAAUACGAAAAAAGGAGAUUACAAGCGUGGAAGUUGUGGAAGCGUGCAUUCGUCGAAUUGGAGAUGUUAACCCGGUGGUGAACUGUUUCGUCGAGGAUCGUUUCACAGCGGCUCUAAAAGAGGCCAGAGAGGCCGAUGAACUCGUUCGCAGCGGAACUAUGACCGAGACACAGCUGGCGCAAGAGAAACCUUUUCUAGGCGUUCCCUUCACCACUAAAGACUGUAUUGGCGUGAAAGGUCUACACCAAACAUCGGGCGUUGUAUUGCGCAGGGACUUCAUCGCUGAGAAAGAUGCCGACGUCAUCAAGCUGUUGCGCGACAAAGGAUCCAUCAUAAUAGGAAUCACAAACGUUCCUGAACUCUGCAUGUGGUGGGAGACUCAUAACCAUAUACAUGGAAGAACAAAAAAUCCAUACAACACUACGAGAAUAGUCGGUGGGUCAUCUGGAGGUGAAGGUUGCAUUCAAGCGGUCGCUGGGAGUAUAUUUGGAGUUGGUUCAGAUAUAGGAGGUUCUAUUAGGAUGCCUGCUUAUUUUAACGGUGUCUUCGGUCAUAAACCUUCAAGAAACACCGUAUCAAAUAUGGGACAAUAUCCAAUACCACAAACUGAAUUACUUCAUUCGUUUUUAGGUACAGGUCCUAUAACUCGGCACGCUGUGGAUUUAAAGCCAUUAUUAAAUAUAAUGGCUGGGGAUAAUAGUAACAAAUUAAAUCUAAGCGACAAAGUUGAUAUUGGAAAACUAAAAGUAUUUUACCAAUUUAGUAAUGACGCACCGUUAACAGAUUCAGUUGACCCUGAAAUUAUUGCAGCUAUGAAGAAAGUGGUAGAAUUCCUUGAUGUUAAACACAAAAUACAAGCAGAAGAGAUAAAGAUUGACCGCCUGAAGAAAUCUAUUGCAAUCUGGUUCGCGAAUAUGAAGAACCAGACAAAGUUUGGCCACUUUAUAAUGGAAUCUAAUAGUGUGUUUGCUAUUUGCAAAGAAUUUUUCAAAAAUAUCAUUGGGUGUUCUGGCAAUACUUUGAUCGGAAUAGUAACAUCACUGUUCGACUACAGUGGGCCAGAAAUCGGUAGCGAGAAAUAUAUACAUUAUUUAAAAGUACGCGAUGAUUUGGAGAAGACAUUUAAAGAUAUUCUUGGUAAUAAUGGCGUGUUUUUGUAUCCAACACACCCAACAACAGCUCCAUAUCACAAUGAGCCAUUGUUUAAGGCUCUGAAUUUCUCAUAUACAGCUAUCAUAAAUUGUCUUGGAUUUCCAUCCACCACAAUACCUCUAGGGUUAAGUAGAGAUGGUCUUCCAAUUGGCAUACAAGUAAUAGCUAACCACAAUAACGACAGGUUGUGUUUAGCCAUGGCAGAAGAGCUUGACAUUGCCUUUGGAGGGUGGAGAGAACCUCAAAAAGACUCA